CUCUUUGAGUUUGACCCGUUGCCACCUACCGGCAGCUUCUUUGCUCCCCUCCAAUGUCCUACCCCACCACCCACCCAGUCCCCCACCUAUUCUAUAUUUCCUUUUCUAACUGAAAAAAAUACCAAAAAACUCUUUACUUUACUUUCCUUGCAUCUCUUUCAGAGCCAUCCUUAUAUUUAACCGCUCCUUUCUCCUUUUCUUUUCUCCCUUUCGAUCUCUCCAAACCCUAAUUCAUCGGAAAAAAUGAAGUUAUGAUCCUAUUUGUUUUUGUUUUUAUUGGAUCGAGUACAAGCUUGUGGUCCAAGAAAGUGAGCUAACUCAAGGAAGUUCAAUAUAUGGGUUUUAGUAAAUACUAGACUUUUUCUUCUUUAAUUAUCUUUUUAUUGAAGAAAAAUUAAAGGUAUGGAUUCUGGGAAUAGUGGUAGUAUUCAAUCUUCAAGUGGUGGUGAUGAAGAGUAUGAUGAUUCACGUGGGGAAUCUAUUUCAACUUUCUUGAAUAAUAGUAAUAAUAAUUCACUCGCCCAUUUUGGUUCAAUUGCAUCUCAUAAUAAUAAUAAUCCGCCUUUUCUUUCUCAUCAUCAUCAACAUCAACAAAACCCCAAUAAUACUUUCUUUGAUACCGCGGCUAGUUUGUUCCCACAAAGUUCAAAUCCUCAGUUCAACACGAACGAUCUCAUUUGGUCAUCAUCGUCAUCUCGGGCUUUAAGAUCUGACCAUAAUUUCAACAAUUUUACCUCAUCAGCUCCAUCAUCAACUGCCGCUGCUAGUGGUCAACUCUUUCAUCAUCAUCAUAAUCAAAACCCUUUUUCGGGUUCAGGUUCAGGUUCGUUACAAGCAAUGCAACCAUCAGUUGAAGCAACUAAUGUUGUACGGGCCUCAAGUUCGGCCCAGCCCGAUCAGCAGCCCAAUGUAGCGAAAAACCCGAAGAAACGCACCAGGGCCUCACGCAGAGCACCAACCACCGUGCUAACUACAGACACGACGAAUUUUCGACAAAUGGUUCAGGAAUUCACCGGAAUCCCAACUGCUCCGUUCACCGGUUCACCCUACACUCGCCGUCUUGAUCUCUUUCCUACAGCUGGAUCGGGGAUGAGGACGGGUCAUUUGGAUUCGCUUGGACCAUUAUACCCUUUGAGACCAUCAGCACAAAAGGUUCAAGUAUCUCCAUUUAUGUCACAAUUAUCAUCUUCUCCUGCUUCUUCGUCAUCGUUGUUGAGUUCUAGCAUGAUUGAUGCUUUAAUGCCUGGAAAUAACAACAACUCUAUUGUUGGUGUUGGUACUACCUCGGGCUCUACCUCUACCUCAACAAAUUUCCAAUUAGGUUCAAAUCAUCUUGGAAUACAAAAACAAGCACAAAACUUGUUCAACAUGCAGAAUCAAAUUCUUUCAUUCAAUGCUGGAGCAUCGAUUUUUAACACAAAGUCUACUACAGGAGGCGGAAGCAGUAAUACAAUUAAUGUCCCUUCGUUAGAUGAACUUGGAAUAAGUCAUGAACAACAAGUGAGUGCAAAUCUGAUCACUGCAUUUCAAGGAGGGAAUAAUAGUAAUAAUAAUAAUAAUAAUGUUACUAGUCAAGCAAGAAAUGAUGGAAAUAAUCUUUCAAGAUUGUGGAGAAAUAAUAAUAAUCAUGAUGGGGGUCAAGAAAAUCAACGGCUGAGAUCAUUUGAUGGGAAUAAUAGUAAUGCUGGAAAUUAUAACAAGUUAAAUUCAGGUAAUUCUUCUACAUCAGAAUUUCAUCCUGAGAUUAAUAAGGGUUUGGAAAAUGUGUGUUCAACUGGUGAAGGACCAGUUUCUUCGUGGACUUGUCCUGAUUAGAAUUAUUAUUAUUAUUACUAUUUCUUUAUGAU